AUGUCUGUGUGCCACGCCUUGAGCUCCGUGAAAGCAAUCGUCGGCGUGAGCAUCCCAGCGAUCGUGCUGAACGCCGCACCGCCCAUCACGGUGGCUGUGCAGACGGCACUGCUGGGCCGGUACGCCGCCACCUCCUCGCUGGCAGCCUUUGCCGCCGUCGGGCUGUGCGUCGGCUUUGUGUGCAGAGUGUUCAAUUUCCUGGUGGACGGCGUCAGCAGCAAGGUGGGGCGGUGCGUGGGGUCGCGCGCCUGGGCCCAGCUGGCCGCACACGUCGCGCUGAGCCUGCGGUGGAGCCUGGCGCUGGGGGCGGCGGCGGUGCCGCUGCUGCUGGCUGCGCGGGCGCCCCUGUGCUCCACAGUGCUGGCGCUUGGCGAGGAUGUUCAAGCGGAGGCGGCGGGCUACUGGCUGCUGCGCACGCUGCUCGUGCCUGUCCAGAUGGCAGCCAUGGCAGCUGCAGGGGUGCUGCAGGGCUUCGGGCGGGUGCGGGUCAACGCCGCGCUGACCAGCGUUGCAGCGCUGCUGGAGAUGGGUGGCAGCGCAGCGGUGCUGCUGUGGCCCGCCCGGCAGCCGGCGCCGCCGACAGCGGCGCCCGCCAGCACCAGCGCCAGCGGCCUGCUGGCCGUGGGCUGCGUCACCUGCGCCUGCCAGGCGCUCCUGGCGGCGGCCGCGCUGGCGUGCAUCGUGGCGCUGCCGCCGGCAGAGGCGCGGGGGCGUGUGGACCUGCUGCGAGAGGUGCUGGGCUUGAGCAGCAGGUGGAGCAGAAAAAGCGGCAGCCCUGGCAGCGGUAGCGGCAGCGCCAGUCAGCCGCUGCUCGCAGGCCGUACCGAGGAGGCGGCAGCAGCAGCGACGGCACCAGGUGGCAGUCCUAUCCGAGGCGGCAUGGAGGCAGAGGAGGUGCAAGGCACGCCGCAGCAGCCCCAGAAGCAGCAGGGGGCAGAGCAGCAGCAGCAGCCGUGCUCGGAGGGGGGCAGCGCGCGCCUGCUUGAUGCGGCGACUCUGGAGGAUGGGCGCGACAUGUUCCUGAGGUCUGUGCUGCUGCAGCUGACUUUCUUCCUGGCGCUGGCCGCGGCGUCGCGCCUGGGAACCGCCGCACUGGCAGCCCACAGCAUCGUCAGCCAGCUGUGGGUUGUGGUGUCGUACGGCGUGGACGGCUUUGCGGCGGCUGGCAUCGUGCUGGGCAGCCGCCUCUUUGGGCUGGCCCGCGACCCGCACCUGCGCGCAGACGCCAAGCGGAGCAUGGAGCGGCUGACGCGGCGCGUCCUGCUGGCGGGCGGGCUGUCUGGCGCGGCGGCGGGGCUGGCGUUCCAGCUGGCGGCGGCCGGCACCAUCGCCGCCUUCAGCGCCGACCCCGCUGUGCACGAGGCGCUGCGCGGCGGCGGCGCCUGGGCGGUGCUGUGCGCCUGCCAGCCGCUCAACGGCCUGCUGUUUGUGUUCGACGGCCUGCUGCUGGCCACGCAGCACUUCCGCUUCAUAAGAAACUACAUGGCCCUGGGCUUUGCCCUCGUCUUCUGCCGGCUGCGGCGGCGGCUGCCGCGGCCAGGGCGGCGUGGCGACACAGCACCGCGCCCCUGA